GUGCCGACGUGACGGCGACGGAGCCCAGCAGCUCCGACAGCCGAGUGGAGCGCCCGGAGCCGUACGGCAGCGUGGAGGACGCCCUCCUCGCCGGGGACACCCCCUACAUCUCCCAACCCCUCACCCCGGAGAAGGAGGACGCGCUCCAGGCCGCCACCGUGGCCAACCUGCGCGCGGCCCUGCUGAGUAAGAACAGUUUGCUGUCCCUGAAAGCCGACGUGCUGGGCGAGGACAGCUCGCUGCUCUUCGAGUACUUACCCAAAGGCACGCACUCCCUCUCUCGGCCCGGCACCAACUCGAACCCUUCACGGGGCGAAUGCGAUGGCAAAGUGGAAGCCCCGUGGUCCCCCCCGCUGCCGGCAGCGCCCAUUGCCUCGCAGAGCCCUCCCCGGAGCUGCUCUGCUGGUGAAAUGUCACCAGAAACCGCGGCGAAAGGAGAUGUCCCCACCUCAACCCAGGCAGCUUACGACGGAUUUUUAGCGCUUUGGCAGCUGGAUAACUCAGGUUCAGACACGAGUUUCUCGCCAUCUGAAGACGCAGACGUAGCCGCCGAUGGGCUCUUCCUGGAUUCAGCCCCAGCCAAGAGAGCGACCUGUGGUUUCUGCCGGCGUGUUUUCCAGCGUGCGGAGGAGCUGAAGGAGCACGUCCACACCCACGCCUUCUCCAUGCUCUUCCCUCUCGACUCUGCUGACUGCCCCCCGCCUGCCCUCGCUGCUCCGGCCCAGCUCCCCCGCUUCCAGUGCUCCAAGUGCCCCGCCAGCUUCACUCUCAAAUCCAACAUGGACCGGCACCAGAAGACCGUCCACUUCCACUGUAAGAAGAUGCGGUGUCCUAACUGUGCCAAGCUGUUUCGGGACAAGACGGACUUAAACCGCCACCUUAUGUCCGUGCGCUCGAGCCAGCCUACUUUGGGGUGUCUUCUCUGUGGCAAGGGCUUUGGUACCCAGAAGAACCUCGCUAACCACAUCAGAGUGUGUUACCUGGGCGGGUUUGGGCUUUGGGGCAGUGUAGGACCAAACGAGGAGCCCCAGGAUGCGUAG